CGCGCAGAUUUUGAUAUCGCGUCCGGGAAGAGUGUUAUCUCGGCCGCAGAGAUUACCACAUCUGUUCCGCGUCGUCGGACGGAUGUGCAUUUCCUGACGGCCGUUCUCGAUCUCCGUCGUUUCGUGAGUUACGACGUCACGACGCGCGGAAAUUUCGGCAAGCGCUUGGUGACGAUCAAUGGUGGUGCGCUGCGCUGGUGGAACCCACGAGGAGUGCGGACUGCAGAGCAGUGCGGAGAUCUAUCGGACCGCAGACGGAUGUGGACGGAUGACGUGCGCGCGAGUGAGAUGUGAGACGCAUCCCGGGACUCCGGGACUAACCUCAACGCGACGCACAGAAUGUGACUCCGUCAGAGAUCUUUGUCGGAUCGCUUUGCUUCGUGAUGUUUUCAAUAGCGAAGAAUCGGAGCAGAUCUCGAGGUCGCGUAGAUUAUCGACAACACGAUGAACACGCUCCGAUAAAAUCAUACUUGGAUUUAUUUCGAAUGUCGGUUUCUGGCGCGGCCAGAUAUUGUUGUUGAUAAAAACGCGUUUACAGUAUUCUUCGUUCCUUAAAUGCUGUCGCAAGAAAACCAUGAACGAGAAAAGAGCUGUUUUCGUGUGCAAAGUGAAGUGACGAGUGAAAAUCAUCUCGUGAGAUUACUCUAAUGUUCGUGUAACGUUACUUGCAAAAAUCCAAAAGAGAAGAAAAACAUGCUACAUGGAAGUAUCCAGUAUUUGUUAGACAGAUGAAAAUACGUAGCAAUUCCGUGUAAACAUGAUGGGAAACGCAUAUGAGAUACUUCCGUCCUACCACAAUGGAGUUGGGAGGGAGAAGUGCCAGUGCUUGGCGCACGUCAAGUUGUCAAGGAUAAUAAUUUUGACGUCUAUAGUCUUGUUUAUUGUGCCAUUAUUUACACAUUACUAUUUAUCUAAGGUAGAAUCUGACUUGCCAGAUAGGGAUAUGUACAGAACGUUUUCAACGCUAGAGGCUUUUGAAGACUUUACAUCCAUGAAGGCGUCUCAACUGAAGAUGAGAAUAGAGGAGAUGUUUCGCAUAAAAAUUUCAGUGAGCAACGAAUUGAGAGAUCUGAGCGCCAAGAGGCAAAGACUUCAGGGCGAAGUCAACAGCUUGACGCAAAAGAUAGAUGAAUUGAAGCAGGAGUUACUGCAUCAGCAAACAGAUCUCGAUAGAUUAAAGAUAAGCGUGGAGCAAGCGCAGGUGGCACAGAAGGAGGCGGUGGAAAGAAAUACACCUGAAUUGGCACCACCUAAGAGAAUAUUGAUUAACACUCUGCCUGUUACACUACCUAGCACGGAUCCAAGAUCAUGUAGAAUGUAUAAUUGUUUUGAUCACAGUCGAUGUGCACUGACAAGUGGUUUUCCUGUGUACUUGUAUGAUCCAGAUCAAUUCUCAGUAGUUAAUCUAGGCUGGGAUGUAGAUGGUUUCUUAAAAACAACUAUUAAACAAACCCUAGGAUACAAUCCACAUCUUACUAGGAAUCCAGCAGAGGCAUGUAUUUAUAUAGUCCUAAUUGGUGAAGCAUUAAGCCUCCAUCAAAAGAGUGAUCAACAUUAUAGUAAACCUUUGGAUAUAAAGAAAUUACAUGCACUUCCAUAUUGGGGUGGUGACGGUAGAAAUCACAUAUUGUUGAAUCUUGCACGUAGAGAUUUAUCCGCAGAUUCUGGAAAUAUUUUCAGUAAUCUAGAUAUUGGCAGAGCAAUAAUAGUGCAGUCUACAUUUUAUAGAAAUCAAUUCCGCGAUGGUUUCGAUUUAACUGUUCCGCCAAUUCUGGGACCACCCGGCGGAGACGUUUGGCAAGAAUGCGCACAAAUGUUACCCGCGAGAAGAAAAUAUUUGCUAUCGUUCCAAGGAGAAAUGAGAACUUUGAUAGGCACGCCGAUAACAUAUCAAAUUGAUGACGCAGACAUAGAUCUGGAAAAAUUGAUAAUCGAUGAUAAUAUAGAUGCAUUUAUUAUCCAAUAUUUGAAAGAUAUGAGCAAUGGAGUAACUUUGGAUAAAUUUUUCAUUCAGUUUGAAUGUAUACCAGCUUCUGUGGAAAGUAGACCUGCACAAACUCUUGAUUGGUCUCUUUGCGGAACUGAUUCGUCAAGAAGAGCCAUAUUAAAAGACUCAACAUUUGCAUUGAUCUUAGCGCCCAGUAAUGCUACAUUAUUGACUACUUCAUUUAUGCAAGCAAGAUUAUAUGAAGCAUUACGAGCUGGGUCAAUACCAGUUAUUCUCGGCGGUGAUCAGAUUUUGCUUAGUUAUAACGAAGUUAUUGCUUGGAGAAGAGCAGUUAUUUUCCUACCUAAGGCUAGAGUGACUGAAAUGCACUUUUUAUUGCGCGCCGUUCCUGACAAUGAUCUUUUGACUAUGCGGCGGCAAGGUAGAUUGAUAUGGGAACGUUAUAUGAGUACUGCUCAAGGUGUAGUGGAUACGACCAUAGCAGUAGUAAGAGAUAGACUUGGUAUACCUCCAUUACCAGCGUCUCAAACACCUAGCCCUAGUGUUUUUAACGAAAGUUUUGUGCCUUUAAAAUCUGAUACCAUCAUUGCUGAACCUGAAGCUGAAGAAAGUUUGGGUCCUUUAGAACCACCAUAUCCAUCUCCUGCUUUUAAAAGAAAUUAUACGACACUAUUAGUCCACGGUCAUGAAAUUUGGAAUGAUUGGAUGGAUCCGUUUAAUUUGUAUCCGCAAUUACCUUUUGAUACUAUUCUUCCAAGCGAUGCCAAAUUUCUUGGUUCAGAGGUUGGCUUUCGACCUAUCGGUAAAGGUGCUGGAGGUGCUGGAAAAGAGUUUAGUGAAUCAUUAGGAGGAAACUAUCCAAGAGAACAAUUUACAAUUGUUAUGUUAACCUAUGAAAGAGAACAGGUUCUUAUAAAUUCACUGGCACGUCUUUAUGGUUUGCCUUAUCUGAACAAGGUACUUGUAGUGUGGAAUAGUCCGAAACCGCCUGUAGAAGAUCUCAAAUGGCCUGAUAUCGGUGUUCCUAUACACGUUAUAAAAGCUCCAAGAAAUAGUUUGAAUAAUAGAUUCCUUCCAUUUGAUGCAAUUGAGACAGAAGCCGUCCUUUCUAUUGACGAUGAUGCUCACUUGAGGCAUGAUGAAAUCAUGUUCGGUUUUAGAGUAUGGAGGGAACAUCGAGAUCGUGUAGUUGGAUUCCCUGGUCGUUUUCAUGCAUGGGACCAGAAUUAUCAUAACGCUUGGAAUUAUAAUUCUAAUUAUUCUUGUGAGCUGUCCAUGGUUCUAACUGGGGCUGCUUUCAUUCACAAACAUUAUACAUAUCUGUAUACGCACUGGUUACCACAGGCAAUAAGGGAUAAAGUUGACGAAUACAUGAACUGUGAGGAUAUUGCAAUGAAUUUUUUAAUAUCGCAUCUUACGAGAAAACCUCCAGUUAAAGUAACAUCACGUUGGACAUUCAGAUGUCCGGGUUGUCCAAUUUCACUCUCAGAAGACGAUACCCAUUUUCAGGAGAGACAUAAAUGUAUCAACUUUUUUUCACAGGUUUUCGGCUAUAUGCCUCUAUUGAAUACACAAUAUAGAGCUGAUUCCAUAUUAUUUAAGACACGAAUACCACAUGAUAAACAAAAAUGUUUCAAGUUUAUAUGAAAAGUGAAAACAUUAGAACUUUUGUGUAGAUAUUGUAGGAUAGGAUUUGUAUGACUUUGAUACGAUUUUAUGUAGCUCACAAUUUAAGAACUGCCCAAUUAUGUCCAAUAUUUUGCACUGAACAUAUACAGGAAAACACAAGAUAUAGUAAAAAAUUUACAAUUUAUAGCAAGUUAAAGUGUCAUUAAAUUCUCAAACUACUAUAUCAAUGAUUAUCAAGUACACACAAAUAUUGCAUGAUGCUAAUCUUUAUUUUAAUUUUUAUAAGACAUUUAACAAGAAACGAUGAUUAUAAAUGAUCAUGAUAUUUCCACGGAAAAUAUUAGAGUGAAUGUGUAAUUAUAAAUAAUUCUCUCUUAAAGUUUUUUUAACUGAAAUUAAUAUUUAACAACAAAACAUUAAAUGUUUUGUUAAAUAUUCAAUUCUAGAAGGAUGAGCAUGUCUAUUUUGUAAAUAUAUUAAUAUAGUAGUGUACAUGUAUGUGUACUAUAUGUUAAUAUAUUCUAUAAGUACACUAAAA